AUGUUUGAAGGCUUUCAGUCGUUUACUGUCACCACACAGACUUCGCCAGAAGUAACCAUCUACGGCAUCAAGAGUGGGGACUCGUCAUCAUCACUUCCACCCCUCCUUUUACUUCAUGGCUUCCCUCAAAGCCACCACAUCUGGCACCGAGUCGCCGAGCAACUCAUCGAUCAGUACACUCUCAUCUUAAUCGACAUUCGCGGGUACGGCAAAUCGUCAAAACCAGACGAUGUGGCCUCGUACGCCAAGAGCACGAUGGCACGUGAUUGCGUGAGCGUUAUGGACCACCUCGGCUACGCCAACAAACCAUUUUACGUCUGCGCGCACGACCGUGGUGCCCGCGUUGCGCAUAAGCUCUGCAUCGACUUUCCUGACCGCGUGCGCAAGGCUGUUUUCCUGGAUAUCUGCCCGACGCUUGUAAUGUACAGAACGACGGAUUUUGAGUUCGCCAAGGCGUACUUCCACUGGUUCUUUCUGAUCCAACCUGAGCCGCUUCCUGAGAGCCUCAUCAACGCAUCACCAAGGCAGUUCAUAGAGCUUUUUAUGGGCGGCCGUCAACCCAAGGCGUUGGAGAUUUUCGACAAGGGUAACUUUGAGUACUAUGCCAGUGUGAUGGAACAACCGGCGGCCGUGCACGCCAUGUGCAAUGAUUACCGUGCGAGUGCGACGUUGGACCUCGAUGAGCAAGAGGCGGACCUAGAGGCUGGGAGGUUGAUUCAGUCGCCCUUGCUGGUGCUCUGGGGUAACCAAGGCGUGAUCGAAAAGUGUUUUGAUGCCGUCAAAGAGUGGCAAAAGGUUACUAGCAAAGACGUGUCGGUGAAGGGCAGCAGCGUUGAUUCGGGGCAUUAUAUCCCGGAGCAGGCACCUAAAGACGUUGUUAAGGCUAUUGCUGAUUUCUUUGUCUAG